CAUUCAAAAUGUUCUCCUUUCGUGUACUCGUUGAAGGUAAACACGUGGAGUAUCAGAUUGGCUCAAGGAGUUAGAAAGAAGAAUAAUUUUCAACGUUUUUGUAGCUUUAAAUAGACUAGACAAUGAAGUUGAAAAAUUUGCGAAAGAAUCCUUUUGCUCGGCUUAAAGAGAUAAAGGACGAGACAAAUGAAGAAACUGAGGAUCAAGAACCCGGUACUUCGAUGGGCAAUAAGUUGGAGGUUAUAUUGCCUUCCGAAAGUAACUUUAAUCACAUCAAAUGUAAAGCUGUGAGGCAAGAGAAAUGUCAUAAAUUGAUGAAGGAAAAGGCAAAGGCGAAAAAGGAAGCGAAAAAAGCGAGGAUACAAGAAGGCGGUCCAAAACAAGUGCCACACACUAUAGAGAGUUUACGAGAGAAGGACGAGACUACAAUCGUAGGCGAUCUGGAAGAUGAAACUAAUCUGGAGCUCAAAAUCGAGUGUCAGAACGACGAAUUCGCUGCAUAUUAUCGGAAAGAUUACGAGCCUAAAGUCCUUAUUACUUAUGCUGAUAAUCCCAACAGGAAAACAAGGAUCUUUGGCAGAGAGCUUACAAGAAUAGUGCCGAACUCUAUUUCGCUGUACAGAAAUCGUUCUGGUGUUAAAAAGAUGGUAAAGAGUGCCAUCGCCAGGAAUUUUACAGACAUAAUAAUUGUCAACGAAGAUCAGUGCAAGCCUAAUGGGAUGUUGGUGAUACAUCUUCCAGAAGGUCCCACUGCAUAUUUCAAACUUAGUAAUGUCAAGAUCACAACAGAUCUAAAGCGUAGUCACAAAGAGAUUACGGAACACAGGCCAGAAGUUAUUCUAAAUAAUUUCACCACACGUCUAGGUUUUACUAUUGGCAGAAUGCUUGGAGCAUUGUUUCAUUAUCAACCAGAGUUUAAAGGAAGAAGAGCUGUAACAUUCCACAAUCAGAGAGACUAUAUAUUUUUCAGGCAUCAUAGAUACGAAUUUAAUUUAAAAACUGGGAAGCCAAGAUUGCGUGAACUGGGUCCACGAUUCACUCUGAGAUUAAAAUCACUGCAACAUGGGACCUUUGACAGUAAAAAUGGCGAUUACGAGUGGAUCAUACAAGGCCGCAGACAUGAUAUGGAAACUAGUAGAAGAAAGUUUUUCUUAUAAUUUCAAUAUAUUAGAAUUAUGUCCAGUUGGAGAAGAUUUUCUAUGAUGAAGGAAGAUUAAACAGUCGUGUUUGUAUAAA